AUGCCGCCAUGCAAGUUGAUAUGUGCUACAUCAGGAGUUUCACACCAAUUAUCUAAUGUUUAUUUCCCUAGUUUCUUAGAUUUGAAACAGUUUGCAAGUGAUACUUUCCAGAUACCGCUCGAUGACAUACUUCUAUUGUUACCUUAUGGAAUGAUAUUGAAGAAAGCAGGAUGGGAUUCCAGAAAGCUGCAACAAGAAGGAUUGGAAGAAAUAUACGUAUUUGACCGUGGAAUAUUCAAUGAGGAGAUCGAGUUUUCCCCAAAGCCAAGGUUCCAACUUUUCAAACCUUUGCCAUCGCCGAUAAGCGAUUCGUUACAGUUGGAUAAAAAUGUCAUUCUACGGAAUUUAGGGUGGUUGAAGGCUUUGCAAUCAGACGUUGAAUUUUUCCAGGACGUUAUAAAAGAAACUUAUCAAGACGUUCAACGGUUAUUAGAGUGUGGUACUGUUAUGCUUGAGUAUUUGAAAAACUACUGCUAUGAAGUGGAGGUGCUGUAUAAUGGCAACGUUGAUUUUCUUAACAAGCUUCACGAAGAUGGUGCCUCAAAUCAAUGGCAUUCCUUUUAUGAUAAUAUUCUCGGCAAUAUUAAAGUUUCUAAUCAGUUAUUAUCAUCAUUUUUCAAUUAUAGCGAGCUAACAGAGAUCGAGGAUUCCAUUCACCGUCUGGAUCGUGAACUAAAUGCGAAGUUAAAGGAGUUAAAGAAAAGUAUUGAUGAAUGCUACCAGCAGAGAACACAGUUAAUCUCAGAUUUAGAUGAUGUGAAAAAAAAUUCAGUUGUCAGUUCUGAUGAUAUGGACAACCAAAUGGUUGAACGAUUUAAAGAAAUGGCUACAGAGAUUGAGCUUGUAUCAAAUCAAUAUAAAGAAGAGGCUUCUAAAGAUGCUUCAAAAGAGAAGUUUGAAACAUUCAAAAGUGUACAUGUCCCCAAAUUACAAACAAUUUCGCAAGCAAUGUUCAAUAAAGCUUCCACGAAUUUAGAUACAAAAGCUACUGUCCAGCAGAAGUUGCAACAGUUGUACCUUUCCGUUGCAAAAUCGCAGAUGAGCGUAAUAAUGGUGAAGUCGGUGUUAACUAAAGACGUUAAGACCAAUAUGAAGUUUUUGAAGAAUGAAGAACUGAAAUUAUCUCAAGUAUUGGAUUUGCCUAUGUGUUAUGGAUUGUAUUUGAUUGAGUUAUACAGAGAGCAGCUCUGGACAGACCGUUACUCUCAACUUCGACAACAACAUGAAUCUUCAUUGCAGCAUCUUUUGGAUGACGAAGUACGACAAAGAAACUCUUGGUACAAAGAUUUCCAAUGGAUAACUCGAUUUCUAGAUGUUGAUAGUUUGCUACCAUCAUCAGUAUACAUUCCGUCCAUAAGUGAUCAUAAACAGGUGACAUUGUCUCAGAUUAAAGAUUAUAUUAAUCAACUUGCUUCAUUGAACUUAGGUGAACCUACAAUUAAUUUACUUAAGUCAAAAGUCUCGCAGGCGGAGCUGACAGGCUUGCAUUUACCUACAGAUUACGCGCUCUCGAAGGACUCGGAGCUUAUCAUUGAAGGAUACAAGGCUCGUAUCAAAAAGCUAGAACAUUUAUUACUUGAUGCACAGUUCCAUCAGUACGACUCAUGGCCAGCUGGCAUUCUGAAUAAGGAAACUGCAAUGGUCCAAAUGUUCCGCAAUAGUACCGUGAGCACAAAGUUACAGCAAAGUUCAACAUUCGAUCUCCCAAGUUCCAAACAACAACACGAAUCAAAUAAAACCUUCGAGGAAUUUCAAAACCUGCAAAAGGAUAUAAGCAAAUACUCUGAAUUAACCAAGACCCUUGAAACUGAACUUUCAACACUUAAAAGUCAACUUUCCCAUAUGGAGGUCGAGAAAAAUGCUUACAGAGAAUCCAUGACAAAUUUAAACAAAGAAUUAUCAACGUUGUUGAUUGAACGCGAAAACUUCUAUUCUGAAAUGAAUUCUCGUUCGGAGAAUUUCAAGAAGCAUUUAGGAUCCCUCUUUGAGCAAAAUGAGGAACUUGUAAGGGAAUCUGAAGAAUCCCGACGGAAAUCCGAGGAUUUAAACAAAAUGAAAGAAGAUCUUCUUGUCAAUAUGGCAACCCAAGAAGUUCAAGCAGAACAGGAACGGGCUUCCUUGCAAGAAGAAGUUGAAAGUCUUAAAAAAGAUCUUAACCAAUUGCAAAUAUCAAAAAGCAAAACAAUUGAUGCAGAGUUUAUCAACUUUAAUAAGCAAUUGGAAAAAACUUUAUAUGAUGUUUUCCAAGGUAGUAUUUUCAUUUUGGCGAGUAUCGGGUUGUUACUUUCCAAAGAUCAAGAUGGAAACUUUCAAAUUGUUCGCGUCAAAGGUUUAAGAAAAGAUCUGGAUUCAAGUUUGGCUGAUAUGAAUAGUUCCAUGGCAAAAAGUGUAAUUGCACAAGAAAUAAAGAGUACUUUCGAAUCUAUAAAGGAUCAGAUUGACUACAAACCUCAUGAAAAUUUCAUUACCUACAUAGAAAAACUAUUUGGUAACCAAUUGUUCGAAACGUCAGUGAUCCGCAGGUUCAAUGAUAUCGAAAGUUUGGCGAAAAAGCUUAGGAAAGAGAACAAGAAUAAAAAACUCCUUUUGCAGAAAAGUGCUAGAGACAAAAUUACAAUAUAUAACUUCCAACCGGGAGAUCUUGCUCUUUUUUUACCAAUCAACGAUCAGGAAUUGCUAUUAAAUUCUUCAAUAUCGUCGCUAAAUUCUUCAUUUUCAUCCAUUGAUUUAAACUCAUCUACACAGUCUGUUAUGCAACGUCCAAAUGUUGUCAAGUCUGAUAUUGCAGCUAGCAUUCUUAACGGAAGCUCUGCUUCUAUCACAGAAAAUAUUCCAUUAAGUAAAGCGAACAGGAAUCCUGCACUCAACGCUAAUGGCAGACCGGAUACAUUCAAUGUUAACACCCAAGAUUCGGCCAAGAAGCAUGUUGUAUGGGCAAUUUUCACUGCGACAAAUACUGAUAUCAAAUACGUUCUUAGAAACUCAACGUCUAAUUACGAAUUAUUGAAAGAUAGGGAAUGGGCAAUGGGUAGAAUCUCGGCCUUGGAAAAGCAUGUGGUUGGAGAUGAUUCAAAGAACCCCUUUAAGUUUCCAAGAAAUACCGUGUGGUAUGAAGUUGACGCUUUUUUCAAUCUUGACUGA